UUGACUUUUAGUAAAGAUAUAUUUUGUGAUGAGGACGGAACCAGAGAAUUCAACAAGAGCCUUAUCUGCCCAGCUUGUAAAUAUAUGGUUCUUUGAGUUAAAUGCCCCUUGUACAUAUAAAAACUGUUGAAACUAAUUGAUGGAUUUCUAAUAAUAUGUUAUGCUUCAUUGCCAGGUGAAACUAAUCUGUCUGCAAAAUUUGACGUCAUUCGUGUUGAUCUACAGGCUUCUGAACAAUUCAAAUCAGUAAGUGUUUAUUAGGAAUCGUUUUAAUCAGUUCACAUAACUCAUAAAUCAGAUAUAUUCUGCUAGUGCAUAUAUACUUAUAUUUUGAGUGGGUCUUCUAGUGGUUGUACUUUUUCAACCAUGCAUUGUUACCAUGACAACAGCAUAAAGCUCAGCCAAAAAUGUGUGGUGGUACCUAUUCCUCACCAGUUUGGGCCCUAAGGAAUCAAAUGCCUAGAAAGGAGCCAACAAAAAGUGAAUGUCUGUAGAUAGUUGAAAACAGGGUAUUGCAAUUCUUAAAUAAAACACCUUUACAUUUAUUCAGAAAGUGAGCACUCACUUAAACUGCUGGUUGUGCCUGAAAUGGGGAGUUGAUCUGUACUAGAGUUGGUGUCAAUGAUAUUUUCCCUAAAUGUUUGUUUGUUUCCAUUUCACAGAUGGUGUUGGCUGGUCAAAAACCUGAGGUUAUUAUGGAAAUUUGUUCAAGAGCAUUGGCGUUCUGGACAUACCAAGUAAUAUAUCCUCACUUAUAAGCAAGUAGUAUACCCUUCACUUUCUUACCUGUGAGCUGCUUUAGAAAGAAGUUGUAGUUCCUGUGGGAAUGGGGUUUAUCAUUACACUUUUAGAGCAAGAAGUGAGUCUGUGAGGUAUUUUCUAAAACAUGAAAAAAUUGUAUCUGAAUUAAUGUCAAACAAUUCACUGACUGUAUACUUGGAAAGAGUCCUACUCAAAAUUUGGGCAACAAAUAGCCACCAAAAGCUGUAUAAGCCUAAGCAUUAAAGUGAGUUCUUAUUUUUCUCUAAGCUUCCUAAUUUGCCAUUUUUGAUAUAUCAAAAUUCAAACUUGGCUCCGAGGCUUGGGGAAAAAACAGAAGAAAUCACAUUGAGGUUGAGGGAUAAAUAAUUAAUUUAUUUUGUCUUAUUCCCCCCCUAGCACUGGUUGUUGUUACAUGUUAGAUCUUUUAAAUAUCGAAAAUGGCAAAUUAAUUUGUCUUAAAAGAGUUAAAUGUUUUCUCAAUUUUCCUCAAGGGAAGUAUAUUUCUUGCCUUUCAAACUCCUGUUCAAAAUGGGUGGAGUGCCUCUUUACGUUUUUAUGUGCAUAUAAGAAAUCUUUAACAAGACUCAGAGAGAAUUAAACCUUUUUUAUAGGCUUACAUAAAACUGGUACCAGUGUUAGCUUUAAAGAAUGGGGUCUAAGCUUCUGAGGAUAAAACUUCUGUUAGAGUAGAGUCUUAAACUUGUACUAUUGUCAUAUGAGUUUUUUUACAAACAGAACUGAUGCCAAUUAGUCAAAACUAUGACAGAAUAACCUCUGAUUGGCUAAAUGCCUUAGUUUUUAAUUAAAGCAUAGUGAUACACCAGAAAAUAAUGAACAAAUGAAAAGUUUUUUUCAAAUUAUAUAAACAUGAAGUGCAAACUGUCCUUUUACAUUGUCCACUUCCACAACUGCUAUUGUGCUCAGUGCUCUUUCACGUAUGAAAUACAGGAAGCCACUGAUCCAGUCAUUAAGUGUCAUUUUUUAAAUUUUUUUUUUAGGUUUUUGGAUAAUGCAGUCUGAGCUAAUGUUUUUGUGAACCUUUGUAGAGAUAUGAGAAUACUUGUUUCACAGAUACCAUGCUUCAGUUGUUUCCUGUUUUGCAUAGACCCACCAGGAAAAAAUGUAUCAGGAUUAUGUUGCCAACAAAGCAAAGGAGAAGACAAAUCAGUUGGAGCAGUACUACAGUCAAGUUCUUUCCAAAGUGCAAGCAGAACUAAGCUGUAUCCUAUUGUCUGUGUUUUUCUUUGUAGACUUCAUCUUGCAAACGAAGAUUUGUAGGAUAAAUGUGCAUAUAACAAAUUGUAAACACUGUGAGAGCUUUAAUGGGUCCUAUUGGAUUGUGGGGAUACAAUAAACUUCGAACCUUCCAUGACUGGAUCAAGGAUACAUACCUUAAAACGAAUAACCAUGAACAUUUCUUACAAUUUAUGAGACUUUGGAGUAAUCCUCCACAAAUUUCCUUGACUGCAGUUCGAUUUAUAAACAGCCUUAAGAACCCAAACUUCAAGUAAGUGUUUUGAAACUAAUCAUAAAUUACUCUGACGCUCGGUUAAAGGGAGAUUAUUUUGAUGAGGAAAACAUACAUUAUGAAAUAUGUUACUUCAUGAUAGUAAUGUUAGGAAAGAUUCUUGAUAUUUUGCAAAAAAGCUGUUUUGCUCAUUGCAGAUGACAAGAAGGAGCUGGAGGACAUCAAGAAGCGUAAUAGUGAACUGUCUGAGAAAAUGAUGGAAAAGAAUAGACAGUAUCUUAAGCUCCAGGUGAAUACCUUGUACGUUACUCACCCAUUUAGAGCUGCUGCAUGGUUAUAUAAGAAACGAUCUCUAUCGGAUUGAUGGAUUUUAUGUCACAGUGUGAGGCUAUUCGACGAUAGGAAGGAAGAGCAUAUGCUGGUUUUACGUAAAUGGCUCCUUUUUCCCUCUCGUUUUUUGUCUAUUUAAUCACACCCGCACGUAGUUCUGCUUUCUCUUUCUUUUGGUUUUUAAUGAGUCACUGCUACUGACCCCUGAUUUCCGGUCAAACAUCAAGGAGGAUUUUACUAAAAAAUCUGUUUUAGGAAAGUAAAUCUGUGUUUGUGUUCAGUGAAUGGCCGUCAGAGUAAAUGAUGCAUGCACAACCUACUGUAAGAUAUCCUUUCUAUUAAGUCACGAACGUACAGCACUUUGCUAUCGUGCAAUGUUGAUGUUGUCUCACAAAAGUACUGUUUUACGUCAACAGGGAAUGUAUGACUCACUGAGAAGGUAAGAACAGAAAUGUGUUUUUAGAAGAAUUGUGCAACUUCUUUAUUGUCAAUGACCCCUUGAACGUUUUCACUGUAGUUUGUUAUGGCCUACAGCUACUAAUUAAGACUGAAGGAAAAUGGAAUGAGGAGUUCAGUUACAAAAGUACACCGUGUUGUAGUUUUUGGCAAACUGAUAUAUUCAUGACGUAGAUAAUUCAACAUGGGCAGUUUUUGUCUCUAAACAGAAAAUUUAAUUACUGAAGCUCGCCUCGCCAUUUUUUUAACGCAGACAUUACUACGCGCUGCAAAAGAUUGGCUUGUCGCACAUGAUUACCUUUAAUCAUUGUAAGAUAUAUGCUCGUUUUUCAUCUGCAGAAAAACGAUAACGCCAUCCGUUCUAGAAGGACGUGAAGAAAGGAUUCUGGAAUCUCGCGGUUUGGGAGGAGAAGUGAGUCGCGUAUUUGAGAUUCCACUCGGGACAGGCGGAGGUAAAAUUAAUCUAGCAAAAAACUGUUUUAUGCACUACUUCUCAAGAAAUUGAGAGCAAGGAAAUUUUUUCUUUCUCGAUUGGGUUGUAACCGAUAGCCAGAGGUGCUAUUGACAGCCGUUGUUUUGAGCAAACUGACCCAAGGGUGACAGGCUUUUACGAAUAUUUUGACGUUAUAAUGUUUAUUUACACAAUAGAAAACUGGCCUAAUGUAAUUUGGAUGGAUUCACAGACAGAUGAAAGUGCUGUCUUUCAAGAUAAGGCCUCUUUAAUUUGGUGUCUUCUUGUGUAAACAAAGACUUUGGAUUAGUCAGUGCAAGGUCCUAUAUCAUUUUUAAAACCGUUCACGUGCAUGACAAUACCUAUAACCACACGAUAGUUUGAUAAAACGUAGAAAAGGGAUAAUUUUAAUACCUGGCUGAUAGGUGUAACUUUGUUUCAAAUUUUCAUAGAGUUGCUGAGACGAACAGCCAGUUCUGCUGAUGUGAGAUAUCCUGCAGAGAGUAAGUAAACUCUAGCAGUGACGCUAAGUAAUAAAACAAUCUCAGUCUGUAAAAUUUUAUUUUGGUCAUCGAUUUUCUGAAUCGACUUAAAAGUCCCCUGCAUGACCGCCCCAACCACUCUCCUCAGAACAAUGUUGAACUCCAGGCAAGAGGUUGAACAGGAAUAGGCCAUCAUGUAUAUAUAGAGGGUGGUGAACACGUCUGAAAACUGUUGCCACUGAUUGCUAACCUUAUACAUCUACUUCAGUAGGUGACAUUUAUCUUUGGUCUGAAUUACAAGCUUUUUUCUACGUCAGAGGUGAAAUUGUAUGCCGUUGUACAAAAAAAAAAAAAAAGCAAAAACAACAACUUGUGAAUGAACAUGAUGAUUUUAUUGUUAUGUUAUAAGUCAUGGUAUUCACGGUUAUAAAUACACUAUUGUAAUUAUUCUUCAUUUGCACGAUAGGAGAAUUUCAUGUCUUUGAUCCACCAGUUCCGGUGUCGGCUCGUGUGUCAACUCCAAGCCAUGGGCCGCUGAAUGAUGCCGAUUCAGCUUCUCGCAAAUUCACCCUUGAUUUUACAGGAACCCCUGGAAUCAGCAAACGACUGGGACAGAAAGGAGCACAUAAGGAAUAG